CCCGGGCAGAUGAUGGAGAGUGGGGGUCAGGGCGAUGCUCCUGGUGUGGGAGAGUUCCCCUUGUACACCAUCGAGGAGGAGAGAUCCAGCCUGAUCUCUGUCAGCAGCGCCCGGGAUCGCUGCUUGGAAAGCGCCCAGGAACAGGAGGAGGAGGAGGAGGAGGAGGAGGAUGGAUCAGGUCACUCCUUGCAAAGCAAUUCCUCUGGUGAGGAGAAACUCCAGGAAAAUGCAACCACAGGAGACAGCAACACAUUCGUGGUGGCAGAUUGCAAUGGUAAGGCAGCCUUCUGUUCUUCUGCAAGCUCCCCCAUGCAUUGGUCCAAUUUAACCCAAAACUCUGUGGAGUCAGAUGAGAAUUCAGAACCUGAAGAGCGAGCAGUUCCAGUGCGGAGUCCGUCAGAAGAAAAUGAAGUGUCUCUUUCUCUCCCUAAACAAAUCUUACAUGAUUCAUCAGGCAUGGAGAAUAGGGAAUCAGAGCUAGAUCGUCCUGAGAAAGACUCACUCAACAGUUGUUCCACAUUAUCGCUGGUUGAAAGUGGAGUUCCGACAGCUAUUUCCCUGAAAUUGAUCAUAAAGAAACAAAUCACUCGACUUCCCGAUACUCAACUGCAGGAGACGCUCAGAGCAAAACUACGCAUUCUGGAGAAUGAGAGUGGAGAGGUUGCAGCCCUUCUCAGUGAGCUUUCGGCCAGGCUGCUGUCAAUUCACAGUGAUCAAGACUUGAUUUUGGUCACUUUUAAAACAUUUGAAGAAAUCUGGAAGUUUUCAACAUAUUACUCGCUAGGCUUUGUUGGCCAUUGCUUAGAGAACCUGUUGUUGGACCAAUUGUUCUGGCUGAACAACCUGGAUGAUGAAGACGUCAGGAUUGAGGUCCAGACAAAUGGAGAAUCCUUGGAAAUAAUGUGGAAAGGCCUCCUCCUACAGGACGGUUUGUUCUUUGCAAGGUGUCCAUUAAAUCUUCAGAAAUGUGAAGAAGUUGACCUGGAACUCAAACCAAAUGAUUUUGUUGUUGUUGCGGAUGCUAAACCCAGUUCUAAAUGGGCAGGACAUUCUUUGUUCAGUGGCAAAAAGGGUUUGCUACCAAAAUCUUGCUUCCAAAGUCUGGAGCUUCUCAUUCCUUUCCACCAGUGGUUUUUCAAAAUGUUUACUGAAGAUCUUGGCAUACACAAUGAUCUGUCUUCAGAAUUUUCUUACCCACUUGGUAAGGGCUCCUGCAUCGCAAUGGUUGAUUAUGAAGGUGCUGGGCUUGAGGAGUUGAGUUUCCAAAUAGGACACAAGAUUGAGAUCAUUGGGUUGCUUAUCGCCUGCAUGCAGUGGUUUCUGGGCAAAAAUGAAACAAGUGGAAAAAUUGGAUUUGUGAAAACAAAUCACGUGAGACCCAAAGACUUUACUCCACUGACAAAUGAUCUGUUGUUCAUUGAUGAAGCAGAAAGCUCCUUUUUCACCGAGCAAGAAAAGUUCAACGAAGAAGAUUCCAUGAAGUUGCUAAAGCAACUGACACGGACAGACAUCAGUAAUGUAUAUCAAAUGGACAAAUUAGGGCCAUUGAACCCACAGUACGAGGAUGGAAAAGAGCAACACAUUCCAAGUGUUAAAGAAAUGGAUUUGAUGAAAGCUCAGCUCAAAGGACCUAUAAACAGCUCAGAAGGUACACAGUGCAGCAUAUCAAACAAUAGGAGCCAGGCUACUAGAAAGGGCUCUUUCGUUGCUGACAACGAUUCAACACUGGUGUCUGAGGAAGCAGAAGAACAGUGUUUCUGUAUCAACCACACAGAGGGCUUGGACAACCCUGAAACCUUUUACCCUUUGUUGCUUUUUUUGAACAGCAAGGGAUACAGCAAACACUUUAAAAAACUUUACGACUCCUGCUUUUCUUUUCUGAAGUCCACUUUUCAUGGCUACAGUGACGAGGAGGAAGUGGUACAUUACCUUGAGGUAGCGAGAGAGGCAGCAAGAAAGCAACGAAUGCAGUGGGCCCAAACACGUGUCUGUCUUCUGUUGGGCCGAAUGUGCGCCAAGAAGCACAAAUUCUCACAGGCCAGAGUGUAUUUUGAAGAGGCAAUAAGUUUGCUGAAAGGGGAAUUUGCAGAUCUGUUUCUAUCAAUUGCUGUGUACACGAACCUUGUCGCCACGUACCUCAAGCAGAAUAACAAAGAAAAAUGCACCUCUGUUUUUGAGAAGAUAGCAGCCUUGCUACUGGGAAUUCCAGAUUAUAUCUGUAGCACAGAUAUGGAGUCUGAAAUCCUUAAAUAUGUUUUAAGGCAUGCCGUAUUGAACAAAAAUCAGAUUGUUGAAGCCAGGGCAUGUUUUCUUCUAACUAAGCUUUACAUACAUCUUAAACAGUAUGAAGAUGCAUUGCCUUUCAUUGAACGACUGCAGUUUUUGAAAAAUAGUUUCAUGGUAGGAAACACCACUUCUUUGGACUUUCACUUUUCCCUUGGAUCAUUGUACAGUCAAAAAUGUUUGCCAAACCUUGCUCUGAGCUGUGCAAAGCUUUCAUGCUCACAGCACGGUAGGACGUUAGUGGAUUGUUUGAAAAGCACAAACUUUGUUAUGAUAGAUGCCUCAAAGCUGUGUGGAUCAGGGGGAGCCAUUCAUGUGAUUCCAACACAGGUAGCAACUUACCUUAAACGGGCACUUACCUUAGCAAGCAGACCUGAACAGGACAAUAUUUGUCGAACUAUUUACCUCAGUUUGUCAGAAAUCUACAAACACCACAAAGUCUACAGCAAAGCAGUUCUUUACAUGACAGAAGCCAUUAACACAGAAGCCUCUGUUGGUACUGAGGAAGUGAUUGACGCACAAAUUUCCCUUGCAUGUUUGCACAUUCUGAAUAGUCAGCCCUCUAAGGCUAUUGUCCUUUUGAACAUGUUGUUGGAGUACGUUCGGGAUAGUCCUGUACAGCGGGGGGUUGUUUACAAUAUGCUCGCUAUAGCUAAGAGAAGAGUGAACAACGUCAAGGAAGCUGCUGAGAACUACCGUCAAGCUUUGUCUAUCUCUGUGGAGACAGGCCUGAAAUUUAACCAAGCCAUUGCCCAGGCCAAUUUUGGAUUCCUUUGUCUCUGGUCAAAGGCCUACAGUCUGUCUGAACAAUUGAUAUUAAAGUCAAUUCAUCUUUUCUCUGAACUACCAAACGUUACCUCUGAUGAGAAUUUUAUUCACGUUCUGAUUGUGCUGGGACAAUAUUAUAUUGAUCAGCAAUUAAAAGACAAAGGGAUAUUUUAUUAUGAAUGGGCACUUCUGAUUGCAUUGAAAGGGAAUCUUAUUGAAAGCCAAGUACAAGUCACACAGUUGCUCUGCCAGUUUUACAGUUCUGAUUUCCCGAACGAGGCCCAAUGCAUCAUUUACAAUGAGUUUCUGCUUUCCCUUACUCGCAAGCUGGCAGACAAGGAACAGGAAGGCCAUGUCCUGCAGAACAUCAGCCAGCUCUACCUCUCUCUGGGAACGGAACGAGCAUUUCGGUCAGCUCUGGAAUAUACCAAAAGGAGCCUUGGAAUCUUCAUUGAUCUGAAGAAAAAAGAGCAGGAAGCUUAUGCCUGGCUUCAAGCAGGGAAGAUUUACUACAUUCUGAGAGAGAAUGAAUUAGUGGACCUCUACAUACAGGUUGCACAUGAUGCUGCUGUCAGUACGGAAAAAUUAGACUUUGCACUGGAAGUUUUUGAAGCAGCAGGAGAUGUAUUUUUUAAUGGAUCCUGGGAAAGAGAGAAAGCCAUAUCCUUUUAUAGGGAUCGAGCGCUUCCACUUGCCAUUAAGAGUGAAAACACAAAUGUAGAGCUCCGACUCUGCAACAAGCUGACAGAACUACUGAUGCAUGGGAAGAGCUACGCAGAAGCCCUGGAAUUUGCCCAAACUGCUCUGGCACUCAGCGUGUCCCUGGGAAAUAUGUUGAAUGAACGCAUUGCUUACCAUCGACUGGCUAUAAUACAUCAGUCUCUUGGGCAAUGCGAGCUGGCUGAACACUUUUAUUUGAAGGCCCUCUCCCUCUGCUCGUUUCCACUGGUGUUUGAUGAGGAGACCAUGUACUAUGUCAGAGUGUAUAUACAACUAGGAGACAUGACCUUCUAUAACCUCAAGGAUCCACAUGACGCAGCUGGUUACUAUCAUUUAGCCCUUGCAGCGGCCAUGGACCUGGGCAAUAAGAGUUCUCAGCUGAAAAUCUGUACCAGACUCGCCACUAUUUACCAUAACUUCCUCAUGGAUCGCGAAAUGUCACUUUACUUCUAUCAGAAAGCCAGAGCAUUUGCCGUUGAACUGAACAUUCGAAGAAUAAAUUUGUCACCAGCCAAGUAUUACAAAGCCAAAGCAGAGAUGCCUUCAAAGUCCCAUGUUUAAGUACGAGUGGCUCCUCUGUUGCUUUGAAGUGAUCUGCUGAAAGGUCUUGCAUAUCGUGAGUGCAACAAAGUGCAGAGCUUCAGGACUUUGAUUAUUGUCUUUAGAUGCGAAAGGUAAGCAGCUACAUUGAAGCUUCCUUUUCAGCUCACCUGCACAAACCCUGCCCUCAGCUCACUCUGCCUAUUUACUGAACCGAUAGCCUGACAUUUUGAUCCCUACCUCCAGCUGAAAUACCAGCCAGAACCACCACACUUCACAUCUAAUUAACAAUAAAAGCUUUGCCGCAGCCUCUUUGUUCAAUAUUCAUUCUUGUUAAAAAAUAUAUUCUUGGAAAGUGUUUGUACAUAACUUGGUAACUUUGCACCUUUGUGAGCUGGGCAGUUGUAACAAGCUUAUUGUUAAAAAAAACUUUAUACUUAAUGUGCAGUGAGUGCAGUUGGAUCUGCAGUUAAAGAAGAAAAUCUUCAAUAUUCAGCAGGGUUGAGCCAAGACCAUUCUUCACUUUAUAAGUGAAAUUGCUCAAUUUGGCUUCAUGUGUGAUACUCAAGGCAUGUAACAACUCCUGCUAAUUGUGGAAAAUGGGAAAUGUAGAACUGUUUUGUGAGUGAAUUUCAACUGCAGCAUGCAGCCUGGGAAAGCAAUACAAUAGUUGAAGUUUGAGAUUUUCCCCCAUGGAAGGAUGAGCUAGACCACAGCAGCAUAUGACACACUCUCGACUUGUUAAAGCUGGAGUGUUGAAGUCACUUAUAAUAAAUAUAUAUUUAUAUAUAUAUCUUGCAUUUGAUAUAGCGCUUUUCACGUCUUCUAGACUUAAUCAACUUAAUUAGACUUAAUCACGUUAAGUUUACUUGAUAAUUAACCAGACAUUAUACAUUGGAUAGGUUGACCCUAACAAUUUCUGAAGAUAAUUUUGCUGGUUAUCUGUUUCUUAGAAUUUCUUUUUUUUUAAAAACAAGGUCCCUUCAAGCAAGUUGUGUGUGAAUGACACUGCUGGAUUUUGCAGCAGGCACAGGGCUCAGAUUACUUCUGGUCAGAAAAUGGCUCUGUAAACAAGCAUUUAUCAUUGCCUCCAGUGUUUGUUUGUGGGGUAGCCUAGAAGCCACUUCCAAUUGGAUUUCAAGUGCCCCACAAAUAACAGAGCCCCCUGCUUUAUAGUGCAAAACUGCUACCAAAGCCAAAGUGAGGAGUCUCCAUCAGUGGCAGUGCUGCAGUUUGUGUUGUUUUAGCUGCACCACUGCUUGCGAGCUGACACCAACAAUUUACACUUAUAUGCCAUCUUUCAUGUCAAGAGAGUGUCUCAAAGCAUUUUGAAAGACAGUAUGGGAGGCUGAGCUGGGAAGGAGAUGGGGACAGUGGAGGGUGGGGGGUGAAGUUGCAGCUGGUCGAAGGUGCAGUUAAAGAGAAACUUCUUUAAAAGUCUUUUCAAAAUAGAGAUAGAGUGGGGAUGAAGCAAAGGAUUUUAGAAGAGUUUCAGAAGACUCGUCCAGAAUGAUUCAAGCAAACUGAUCAUAAUAGCUGAUCUGUAAAAGUAUAUUUCAUCCCUUUAUUUGUGCAAAUCCUACUAUGAUCAUCUUUUAUAAUAUUCACACUCACUAUAGAUAGCACAAACCUACAUUUAGUUACAUUAGGCCUGACCGAAAACUUUACUUUUACCAAUGAAUGCUGAUUACUGGAGUUUUGAAGUUUUGAUGUAAUUCUUUCCCUGUCAAUACUAUCCCAAGGAAACUUACAACCACAAUCUAUGUUUCCAUUCUGAGCGAUAAUGUAAAGAAUAAUUGAAUUGUGGUUCAUUGAAAUGUUCUUAGGCCUCAUGUUUGGAAGACUUUGUAUAAUUAAACUAAACAAGAGAAAUGAUUUAGAUUUUCUCAGUCUAUUACAUGAUCUAAACAUUUCAGUUUUGGCAUUUUCUCUGGGUAACUCUGCUUUUUUUGUCUAUUUACAAAAUGUAGCUGCCAGUCAUUUCUUUUAGGCAGCAAGUAGGUUGCUAAAGGAACCAAAAAGGCAUCCCAAUGCGUUAUAUCAUUCAAUAAAGCAGACUUUUGUUUUUAUUGUUGAAAGCCGAUGGCAGGCAAAUAUUGUAGAAGACCACCACUUGGUUACUCCCAGUUGUGUUUAACUCUUUCUAACACGCUGGUGAAUGUUUGGACAUUUCUGCAAAUUUUGGUUUGGCUCCCAAGUUGCUUUUAUGCCAGAAACAUUAUCAUAUGAUACUUUUGAAAUAUUGGUGUAUAGGUUUGUUGUUGAGUGAAUUAAUCAAAGCUAAUCUGGCAUUGAGGGUUUGCACAUUUUCCAUUGCUGCUGCUCGUGUUGCUGAAGACUGGAACACUGAAUAGGAAGCCAGCACUAAGUACUUGGAAUUCUUCUUAGAUUUGGAUUUGCUGCUUGGAGUUUGGGUUUGAUCCAACAGACUUUCAUUAAGGCAGGAACCAAAGAUUUUCAUUAAGAGAGGAUAAGAAGGGCACAUCAUAGGUGAUAUUUGCAAUGUUUCUUAAUGUCUUCAAUAUGAUAAAUAAUACAUUGAUCACAUUGUGAAAUGCAGCUGAUUUCAUCCGCACAUUUCAUAAAUUGCUGGAAAUCCUCAAGCUGCUGACUUUCAAGCUGAUUUGUUAGAAAGUCAGGCUGAAAAUGUUAAUAUUCAGCCUUACUCAACACUAAAUAAUGUGUGAUAUUAAUAAAAGGAUAAUGCUCUUGUGGAAUUAGUUACAAUAUCUGGGAAAUCUUUGAACCAAAUAGUAUAAAGGUGUUCAUGAGCUGACGAGGUGUGUUUUUGGAAAGAGAAGUGAUUGAGGGGUGAGGGUAAGAAGAGGUGGUAGAUGAGUUCUGAAUUAUCAA